AGUAUAGAAGUCUAUGUGUUUUUCCUGUAUUUCUAAACAGCAGAACAGUCUCCUGCUCCUUCCUAAGAAGCUCCCUUUGGAACUGUAGACAGCAGUUUUAAAUAAAGAUGGCAGCACUAACAAAUAGAGGAAUACCUUUAAGCUCGAUCAGUCCACGGUACCUGCACACAAACUCCACUAGCCACACCUGGCCCUUCAGUGCUAUAGCAGAACUGAUUGACAAUGCAUAUGACCCAGAUGUCAGUGCAAAAAAAUUCUGGAUUGAUAAAACAUUGAUCAAAGACCAGGACUGCCUCAUCUUCAUGGAUAAUGGAAAAGGCAUGGAUUAUGACAAGAUGCACAAAAUGCUCAGUUUUGGCUUCAGUGAUAAGCAGACGAUAAGAGGCCAUGUCCCAGUGGGUCUUUAUGGUAACGGUUUUAAGUCGGGCUCCAUGCGCUUAGGGAAGGAUGCCAUCGUGUUCUCAAAGAAAGCCAACACCAUGUGUGUGGGUCUCCUGUCACAGACUUACCUCGAGAAGAUAAAAGCACAGGAUGUCAUAGUGCCUAUUGUCAUGUUUACCAAGACAAGACAGACCAUCAGUGCUGCACCAGAGUAUGCAGAGUGUCUUCGUGAUAUCCUGACACAUUCUCUGUUUCAGACAGAGGAAGAACUGCUGACCGAGUUCAAUGUCAUUAAAAGGUUAUGCUCCAACUCAAGUGGAACCCGCAUCAUCAUCUGGAACCUACGCAGAACAUCUUCAGGAUCUUCAGAAGAAUUAGAAUUUGACUUCAUGAAGGACCCCAACGACAUCCAGAUCCGUGAUGAUGCAAACAAGAGGCAAACAAGGAAGGCAAACAAGCGGCAGCCAGGGGGUGGCAUGUCAGUGCCUGAGAGUGAAUAUUCACUGCGGGCAUACUGUAGUAUCCUGUACCUGAAACCAAGAAUGCAGAUUAUCCUUCGAGGGCUGAAGGUGGAAACUCAGUUUGUUACAAAAACUCUAGCAAAGGUUUACAGGGACACAUACAAACCUGUUGGUAAAGAGGGAAUAACAAUCACAUUUGGCUACAACACAAAGAGCAAAGAGCACUAUGGAUUGAUGAUGUACCACAAAAACCGUCUCAUCAAAGCCUAUGAGCGUGUCGCUUGUCAGCGCAAGGCCAACAACACAGGAGUGGGAGUUAUCGGGGUGAUAGAGUGUAACUACCUCACACCAACUCACAACAAGCAGGACUUUGAUAAUUCUGACGAGUACAGGAAAACCAUGCUGAGUGUAGGUGCUAAGCUUGAAGAUUAUUGGAAGGAAGUUCAUUAUAGACAUAACACAAACUGCACUGAACCUUUUGAGGAUACUGUGAAGACACCAGAUCAAAACUGGGUUCAGUGUGAUGAUUGUAUGAAGUGGCGAAAACUUCCAGAUGGCAUUGAUGCUAAACAGCUCCCUAAAAAGUGGUUCUGCCACAUGAACUCAGACCCUCAAUUCAGGAGUUGUUCAGAUGAAGAAGAGGCUGAGGAUUCUGAUGGUGAUCAACCCAAAUACCAGAAAACCUACAAACAGCAAGAGCGACACCAGAAGUUGCUGCAGGAAAACAGACAGCAGAGCCCUUCUACACCCUGCUCAUCAAUGACACCCAGACCUUCUGAUGUUACUUCAGCUGACACUCAGGACACUUCUUUGUCUACUACUCCUAAAAGGAAAGCCCUGAAAUGGAGCCUAGAGAACCCAGAGACAAAGAAAGCUAGAAAAAAAGCUUUUGAUGACCAAGUUUUGCUGUUCAGCCAUGCUAGUGAUGCUACUAAAGCAGAAUAUAAAGACAUUAAAACAGCACUGAACGAUGACGGUGAUGAUGUGAUUGACAAGUGCAUGAUGAAGGAGGAGCAGAGCAAUAAAAUCACACCGACCAGCUCUAAGGACCAGCAGAACUACAAAGUGCUGUACCUGCAGUCAGUGGAGGAGAUAAAGCAGCUUCAACAUAAGCUUAAACAGCAAUUAAAAAAAGAGCCAAAGGAAGAGGUGGACAGUCUCAAAGAUGAGAAGAACAAUUUGUUGACCAGCUAUGAGCGGCUGCAGAAAGAUUUAGAGGAAGUGAAGAGAGAAAAUGAAAAGGUGAUGGUAAGAGUAGAAGAUCGAGGGGUCCAGACAGAUUUUUAUAUUUGGAACCAAGAAGAGUGUGCAACAAAUUCAGCAGAAACCUCAAACCCGAGAAGAGAACAAAAAAAAGACUUACAACUUUGGACAUGGAUGGAUGAGACACAGGACAGAUCGGCGAGCGAGAGAGUAUACAGAAAUAAUAACACACAGCUACAAUUUCUGUGCUUUCGGGCUGGUCAGUUUCACUGUAAAAUGACCAACCUUGUAUUUGAGAUGAAAGGGAAAGGGGAAGUGCUGUACACAGUAGUGUCCUGGGAUAACAGUCAGUUGCAGGGCAUGGGCCAAUUCCAGCCUGCAGGACCCCUGUACAGCAUCAAAUGCUCUGAAGGUUCAGUUCUUUAUCUGCACCUUCCACACUGCGAGAUACAUACUGAUAAAAAUCAGAUUGAACUGGCCGUGGCACAUUGCAGUGAGGGUAAUAUAGAAAUCCUUCAGCCCCUGAAAGUGACAAGUACACAUGUGAUCAUAGAAGUCCAACAUCUGUCCCUCUUUGGCCUGUUAAAAAAAUGGAUCUUCCAGGAAACUCCCAUCAGUGCCCAGGUCCUUCUCUUCUACCAAAAAAAGCAAAUAAGGAGAAAACUGCACAUUCACCUGUUGCCAGGAAAUGUGCCAAUUGAAGAGGUGCAGAAUCAACACAAGGGCAACACAUAUAUUCAGUGCAGCGCCAUAUGUCAGCUGACCCCUGGUAAAAAAUACAGACCACUCUGUGAGCCUUACGUAUGCCAGCCAAAGGCUGAGACAUUUGGCUGUAACUAUGGGCCCAACUAUCACCCCACAUUUGAGGUGAUCCUUAAUACUGAGGUUGAAGACCUCACACUGGGUCUUUUGGAUGAAAUUGGCCAGGAGGUGUGGGAGCCUCGUCAGGUCUUUCUUACCGCUGAUAGUAGAGAAGGAGUUCCAGUUGAAAUGAAUAAAGAUGCUGAAUUUGUAGAUAAACACAGAGACAUGCUCAUACAGAGAGUUGUGUCAGUUAUGGAAAUAGCAGACACUCUUCUAACCAAGAAAAUCAUCAAUAAUGAAAUGUACAAUGAUAUCAAACAGCCAACAACAAAACAGGAGAAAAUGAGGAUGUUGUAUGAAUUUCUCAACUCAGGAGGAAGAGCUAUGAAAGCAGAAUUCUAUAAAGUCCUUAAGGAGAAGCAGCCUUUCGUAGUGGAUGACCUGAUGUCUAGAUCAAAUAAUGCAUAGACGAUCCUCAAAGGAGACUUUUACACACUCUGAAAUGUGAAUCAAAGUUAAGAUCCCAGUACACAUUCAUUUCAUGAAUAAACAUUUAUAGAAUUCUACAGAACACAAGCAAAAGUUUAUUUAAAUAUAUUUUUUUAAUAUUUUAUAUUAUGAAUUUAGACAAAUACAUACCAUAAUAUUGUAUAUCAAAAUAAACCAUCCAAACAUUUUUUACAAACCCUUUCCUUGGUGCUUUGUAUUUUGUACUUUUUUAAAAAACAUAUUUGGGUGCAUUUAUGAACUCUUAACUGAUAUGUACAUCUACUGUAUGUCUAGACAUCUAAACAAUCUACAGAGCCUAAAUAGAAUAUCUUCAGUUAAUUACAACUUAAGGCAUUUUGUUGAUGAUUAUCUCUGGAAUAUAAAUAUUUCCAAUGAAAUGGGUGGUACAUGUGUAUACAUAUGCACUUAAAACCAGAGAUGUAAAAACCAGUGACCCAAGCAUUGCAUGAUUUUAUAACCUAGAUCAGGGGCCAUAGUUAUAGAUAUCAUUGAUGUGUAUAUGCAACAACAUCGGGGGUGACUCUCCUGUGUAUGUUUUACUAAUGUAAUCUUGUAAGGUUUUUUUUGGAAACAUUUGUCUAGAUUCGUUUUCUUUAAUGCAACAUACGAACUAUGUAUGUAUCAGUUGUUGUAUAUGUAUGUAUCAGUGAACAGCAAAGCCAAUAAGGCUUGAGUGUUUGUUGUUAACUUCAAAAACCUUUGUGCAAAAUAUUAUAUACACAAAGGGGAAUUUUCAAAUCCCCUCCUAAUGUUGGCUGUAAAGCAGUUUCCAAUCCAAUACUCAUGUACAACAAAAACUAGCUUUAUUUUUACAUUCUUUGAUGUUUUGUACAUGUGCUUUUACAAUAAAAAAGGGCAAUGCAACCAGUGUAAGUUUCAUGGAUGUAACAAUUUCCUUGCAUUUGGCCUGUGGGUGUGUACACCAAUCCUCAGUGCAUCUUCUGUUUUCUUGCCCUCAGCGUGUUUUGUCUUGUCUGUUAGGAUCAAGGUGAAUGUGGUAAUAUGUAUAAUUUAAUAUGUACCUUGAUGUGCCAGUGUAGAGUCUGAAUUUUCCACAGAUUGCAGAGGGCAGAAUUCAUUGCCUGGCAUUUUCAGGGUGUUUUUUUCCCUCAAACACAGAUGCCAUUGCCACUUGUGUGUCAGUUAACUCAAUUCUGGUAACAAAUGUUUGUUUGUGUGUAAAAUUAAGCCUGGAUUGAAUAUAUCCAACUGCUGAUCAUUUCUGAGAGAAAAUUCUAUUCUCUGUGCCCUUUGUAAACCAUUUAAUUUGUGCACUACUAAGAAAAUGAAUUUAAAGUUAAAUGCACUGAUGGACA